UUGGCUGAGCUAAGUCACCAGGUAGAUAGUCUAGGCUGGUGGCGGCAAACCUAUGACACAUGUGCUACAGCAUGCUGUUACCACUGAAAGAUCUAAAAGGUUUGGCAGCACUGGUCUAGGCUGACACAUGUGUCACUCUGCCCCUUCUCAGGGCUGAGAGCUGUCCCUUCUAAAUAUAGCCCAGUGGGCUGAGCUCAGGCUUAUUUUAAGCCCAGGUUGGGAGGUGGCCAGGCCUUCCCGAGCUCCCAGAGGAGCCACUGAUGCCUUCGUCCACGCCUGCUACUGGGCACCCUCAUCGGCUCUGACUCUCCACCAACUUAAUUGCCAUGCCUGAGGAGACCCAAGAAGACACUGUGGCGCCAACAUCGAGUCAGAAAAGCAGGGGGCCAUUGGCUUCUAACCAUGUGUCCGAGGUGCGGCUACACCGAGUGGAAUCUAUCAGCGACCUACACAGUGGAGGCUUGCCACACCCGUAUCUGCCUGAAGAGGCACGGCCAUGGGAUGAAUUGCUGGGUGUCUUGCCGCCGUCGCUGUGUGCCCAAGGUGGCUGCAGUACAGUGUGUGGCCGUGGGGGGUUCCUGCUGCUGCUGGCACUGCUAGUGCUCACUUGCCUGGCACUCGCCAUCCUGGCUGUCUACUUGAGCGGUAGGGACAGGAAGGGCAGGUGGGGACCAGCAGGUACUGGGAGGCCCUUUGGAAGGAGCAACUGCAGAUGUUGUAGCAGUGAAGGGCGGGAUUCAGUGGGCAGCCUGCUGCCGGGUGGUGGAGCAGGUCUGAGGCAGCACUGAUCUGACAAGGUCCCACAAACACCUGCCCAUCCCCAGUGCUACAGAGUGAAUCCCUUCGGGUCCUGGCACACACACUGCGCACACAGGAGGAGAUAUUGCUCAAGCUUCGACUGGCCAGCCUCAGCCAGCUCCGGAGGCUCAACUCCAGCGAAGCCCGAGCACCCAGCUGAAACUCCACUUGGACUGGGGCAUAGGGGGUCUGGGGGGAAUAAAGCAGCUGUUGGCAGAUCUCUCCUCCCACUAUUGGUCUACACCACUUCCUUGAUGAGAUUUUUGUACAAGAGACUGAUGUGACUUCACAGUCACCGACCUCUCCUGAUUAUCUUCAGGCCAGAUCUAGCCAAGCCUUCUGGUACCAGGCCGUGUGGGCUGAGCCAAGGUCAAAGGAUGGGGCACCAGCCUCCUGGCUUCUCCUGUGGCCUGUGCAAAUCCUCUGGCCACUUCUAGAUAGCAGGGUAAGAAGUCUAGAAAUAGCUGCCUCACUGCAGCCACCUACCCUGCCAGGCCUCUCUGCAGGAGUCCAGCCUCAGGUCUCAAAGACAGGCUGGGCUUUGAGUUGGGUACCCCCCGACCCCACCCCAGGAUACACUGCCUUGAAGGGCAGAGAUGAGGUCCUACUGGGCCCAAGAAUGGUAUCCUGGAUGGAAGGGAGGGUGGGCAAAAAUUCCCAGGAGUCAGGUCCACAGAGGCAGAACAUUAUAUUCUAUUUAAUUAUCUCUUAUAAUCUUUAAAAAUCAGCACAAAAAA